AUGUCCACCAAAACCCUAAACGGCUCGUGCCUCUGCGGCAAAAUCACAUACGCGCUCGACCUGCCAGCGUCCGAGCCAAACCCCAAGAUCGUAGCCUGCCACUGCACCAGCUGCAAAAAAUACACGGGCUCCGCCUUCUCCUCGAACCUCAUGCUCUCGCCCUCCUCGAUCCGGUACACGAGCAGCACCAAGCCGAGCAUAUUCACAGACAACUCCACGGACAGCGGGAACCCGCUCGCGCGCGCGCUGUGCAGCGAGUGCGGGUCGCAUUUCACGUCGUCGCCGCAGGAUGCACCGACCUGGACGGCGCUGAAGUGGGGGACGCUGGAUGAGGAGGCGAGAGCGCAGUGUAAUGAGCUGGGAGGGGAGAUUUAUUGUAAAAGGAGGGAUGGGUGGGUUGAUGGUUUGGUUAAAGGUGGGGAGGAGCGUUUUAAGGCUGAGGGGAUGUCGUGA